ACACCUUCAGACGGAGAUGAAGCAGCAGGCGGCAGUCAGGCAGCAGAGAGGCAGCAGCAGCGUCUGAACCCGCCGGUCCGGAGGUUUUCUUCAGGGGGGCGCAGGUGACCCGAGCACAACCCGGCGCGUCCACCGACCUCGGCUGGAAAUUACUUGCUGUUUCGGCCCCCUCGCCUCCGCACGCGCUCCGGCUGCAACAGUAGAUGUUCCUCAGCUACAUGCAUUUCGCUCUGAUCAUCUGAACCUUGUCCACUCAAGAUGGAAAAUGCGCACACUAAAUCUGCGUCUGAAGUUUUAGACAACUUCGGCGUGAACGAGAACACUGGUCUGACUUCGGAGCAGGUCAGAGUCAAUGUGGAGCGAUAUGGACCGAACGAGCUGCCAGCUGAAGAAGGAAAGUCCCUGUGGGAGCUGGUGGUGGAGCAGUUUGAAGACCUCCUGGUCCGGAUCCUGCUGCUAGCGGCUUGUGUCUCCUUUGUGUUGGCUCUGUUUGAAGAAGGAGAGGAGACCACCACCGCCUUUGUGGAGCCCGUCGUCAUCCUCCUCAUCCUCAUCGCCAACGCUGUUAUUGGGGUCUGGCAGGAGCGAAACGCGGAGAACGCCAUCGAGGCGCUGAAGGAGUACGAGCCGGAGAUGGGGAAGGUGUAUCGCAUGAACCGCAAGGCCGUGCAGAGGAUCAAAGCCAGAGACAUCGUCCCGGGGGACAUCGUGGAGGUGGCGGUCGGCGACAAGGUGCCUGCUGACAUCCGAGUGACCUCAAUAAAGUCCACCACCCUGCGGGUAGACCAGUCCAUCCUCACAGGGGAGUCUGUCUCCGUCAUCAAACACACGGACCCCGUUCCUGACCCCCGAGCCGUCAACCAGGACAAAAAGAACAUGCUGUUUUCUGGCACCAACAUCGCCGCAGGUCGCGCCAUCGGUAUCGUGGUUGCUACGGGCGUCUCCACGGAGAUCGGCAAGAUCCGCAACCAGAUGGCGUCCACGGAGCAGGAGAAGACGCCGCUGCAGAAGAAGAUGGACGAGUUCGGCCAGCAGCUCUCCAAGGUCAUCUCGCUGAUCUGCGUGGCCGUGUGGGUCAUCAACAUCGGCCACUUCGGGGACCCGGUCCACGGCGGCUCCUGGGUGCGGGGGGCCAUCUACUACUUCAAGAUCGCCGUGGCGCUGGCGGUGGCCGCCAUCCCCGAGGGGCUGCCCGCCGUCAUCACCACCUGCCUGGCCCUCGGCACGCGCCGCAUGGCCAAGAAGAACGCCAUCGUUCGCAGCCUGCCCUCCGUGGAGACGCUGGGCUGUACGUCCGUGAUCUGCUCCGACAAGACGGGGACGCUCACCACCAACCAGAUGUCCGUGUGCCGGAUGUUCAUCGCAGACAAGGUGGAGGACUCCAACUGCACUCUGCACGAGUUCAACAUCACUGGCUCUACGUAUGCCCCCGAGGGACAGAUACUCAAAGGAGAGAGGCCCAUCCAGUGUGGAGACUAUGACGGACUCUUGGAGUUGGCCACUGUGUGCUCCAUGUGCAACGACUCGUCUCUGGACUACAACGAGGCCAAAGGUGUGUACGAGAAGGUGGGCGAGGCCACGGAGACGGCUCUCACCACCCUGGUGGAGAAGAUGAACGUCUUCAAGACCGACUUGUCUGGACUCUCCAAAGUGGAGCGUGCCGGGGCCUGCAACUCGGUGAUCAGACAGCUGAUGAAGAAGGAGUUCACCCUGGAGUUCUCUCGUGACCGCAAGUCCAUGUCCGUGUACUGCACCCCGGUGAAACCGGGCUCCCAGAGCAAGAUGUUCAUCAAGGGCGCCCCGGAGAGCGUGAUUGAGCGGUGCCAGUACCUGCGGGUGGGAACGGGGAAGGUGGGGCUGACGCCGGCUCUGCGGGACCAGCUCAUGUCGAAGAUCAGGGACUGGGGGACGGGCAGGGACACCCUGCGCUGCCUGGCGCUCGCCACGCACGACAGCCCACCUCGCAAGGAGGACAUGGACCUGGAGAACUCCAGCAAGUUUGCACAGUAUGAGCUGGGCCUGACGUUCGUGGGCUGCGUGGGCAUGCUGGACCCUCCCAGGAAGGAGGUGAUCGGCUCGGUCAAACUGUGCAACGAGGCGGGGAUCCGCGUCAUCAUGAUCACCGGAGACAACAAGGGCACGGCCGUGGCCAUCUGCAGGCGGAUCGGCAUCUUCGGGGAGGACGAGGACGUGACGGGAAUGGCCUACACCGGCCGCGAGUUCGACGACCUCCCGCAGGAGGCGCAGAGGGAGGCCGUGAAGAGGGCGCGCUGCUUCGCUCGCGUCGAGCCCGCGCACAAGUCCAAGAUCGUGGGAUACCUGCAGUCCUUCGAUGAGAUCACAGCCAUGACUGGAGACGGCGUGAACGACGCGCCCGCCCUGAAGAAAGCCGAGAUCGGCAUCGCCAUGGGUUCGGGCACGGCUGUGGCCAAGUCUGCGUCUGAGAUGGUGCUCUCGGACGACAACUUCUCCACCAUCGUGGCCGCUGUGGAGGAGGGCAGAGCCAUCUACAACAACAUGAAGCAGUUCAUCCGAUACCUCAUCUCCUCUAACGUGGGGGAGGUCGUCUGCAUCUUCCUGACGGCCAUCUUGGGCCUGCCCGAGGCUUUGAUUCCAGUCCAGCUGCUGUGGGUGAAUCUGGUGACGGACGGCCUGCCAGCCACCGCUCUGGGCUUCAACCCUCCGGACCUGGACAUCAUGGACAAACCGCCCCGCAACCCCAAGGAGCCGCUCAUCUCCGGCUGGCUCUUCUUCAGAUACCUCGCCAUCGGAGGGUACGUUGGACUUGGAACUGUGAGUGCAGCCACUUGGUGGUACCUGUUUGACGAAGAGGGCCCACAAGUGACGUUCUAUCAGCUGCGGCACUUCAUGCAGUGUACGGAGGACAACCCCAUGUUCAAGGGAAUCGACUGCGAGGUGUUUGAGUCCCGCUACCCCACCACCAUGGCGCUGUCUGUGCUGGUCACCAUCGAAAUGUUCAACGCACUCAACAGUUUGUCUGAGAACCAGUCGCUGCUGCGGAUGCCUCCCUGGGUCAACAUUUGGCUGCUGGGAGCCAUCAUCCUCUCCCUCUCCCUCCACUUCUUAAUCCUCUACGUGGAGCCUCUGCCGCUGAUCUUCCAGGUGACUCCUCUGCACUGGUGCCAGUGGAUCGUGGUCCUGAAGAUUUCCAUCCCAGUCAUCCUCCUGGACGAGGCGCUGAAGUACGUCUCCAGGAAUCAUCUAGAAGCUUAAACUAUUUAUAAUCUCACCUUCUGGGAAAAGGUGAUGACGAGAGGAGAUACCGGAGGAGAUGGCAGCUGAACUAAGACCUCUCCCUCAACGCACUCACACAGCUAGACUCACACGCCCCCCCCCCCCGCCUCCCGUCACCAGCUAGGAACCCUCGCUCGCUCCGUUUUCUCUGCCCUCGUUCUCCUGCUCCUGCAUUGUCCAGCCGAGCGCCGCCGCCGCCAGGGGCGAGCAGGGCCCGGACGAGAGCGAGAACGCUUCCGCUCCUGGCGAGCACAGCUUGGCACGCCUGUGUGUGUUUGUGUGUGUGUGUGUGUGUGUGUGUGUGUGUGUGUGUAUGAACGCUGAAUGUGUGUGUGUGUGUGUGUGUAUGGGGGGGGGGGGAAAACCCAGGCAGACCUGUGUUUGAAAUUGCGAAAAACAGCAGCAGAGAUAUAGAUAAACUGCCUGCGGCUCUGCUUUCUUUUCUUUUCUUUUUCUUUUUUUUUCCUGCUAAUAGGUUUUGUUUGUUUCUAAUUUGGACUGCGCAGUACGAACAUAACGGCGUGGAGGUGAGGAGCAGGCCGUUGAAAGCAGAGCAUCAGCAAGAAAAAGUGGGAAACAGACGGGGUUGGAGGCGGCGGCUGUGUGUGUGUGUUGAGUGAGCCACUGUACCCACGUGUGUGUGUGUGUGUGUGUGUGUGUGUGUGUGUGUGUGUGUCCACAGAGCAUUAUCAAUAUGGAGCUGCUGUAUCUGUGGCCAGUUCGCUCUGCUUCAGCCUCCCUCUCUUCCUCUCCUGUCUUUUAAAGGAAAGGCAGCUGUGGUGGAACCCCCCCCCCUUCUCCCUGGGGGAUUUGGUUUGAGUUUUAUGUGUGCGUGUGUGUGUGUGUGUGUGUGUGUGCGUGGAGAUCUCGCUCCACCUAAAUGUGUGAAUAGCUUUACGCUGCUUUGCCGCUUCCUUCAGCUCUUUUUUAAAAUUGGAGGAGCCGGGGUCAGCUCACACGCUCGGCAGAAAUAUAUAUAUAUAUAAAAAAUAAAGAAAAAUCUUAAAAAACCAAGCGAACCAGCAUGAGGAGAGCAGCCGUGGGCCCGCUCAGCCCGGCUGGGCCCGGGGAACCGCUCUGUAAAGGCCAUCUGCUGGGCUCUCACUUAUCUUUCAUGUUAAAUUCAAGAAGGAGCGGAACAUUGAGGCGAGGCUUCUGUUUAUCCUCCUUUUAAAUUAUUCACAUAUUUCUGACCCUGAUCCACAGCUGACAUGUCACAUUGCGUGUGUGUGUGUGUGUGUGUGUGCCUGCGUGUUUGUGUGUUCGAUAGCCUUACUUGAAUACAUUCGACUGCUUAAGCGUUUCAGUCUCUAAUUCACUCAGAUAGUUAAACGUGAGUUUAAAU